GUGAUCCUUAGGUUGAGAGGAGGCAAAAGGGGGCAACGCCAGGACUCACCAAAAGGGGGUGCUCUGGGACAGUGCCAGACACUGCAUGGAAAUGUAUUGAGACAGCAGCUUUGGUUGCCAACAUGACAAUGGGACAGAGAAGCACACUGGACUCCUGAGGAAGAAUGAAUGCAAUGGCUGUCCAGGGUUUCUGCUCUCCAGGGUCGCUCCCAGAAAUUUUUCCCAUGGUGUGCACGGCUGAACCACUCUCAAGGCAGGGCUCACAGCAUCCACUGGGACAAAUUUCCGAAAUUAAACUGCGUGCAGGUGCAGUCCCGAUAGCUGAGCACCACCAAACACGAUGGCACCGGCAGCAUACCAGCCUGACCCACUCUCACGUGCCUGAGCAACAGUUACGUGACGCGGCCCUCACAGAGAAAGGGAAGGGCCGCCCCACUGACCACCAUUGCUGCCUUUUUGCAAGACAAGGCAGUUCCUCAGGUGCCAUCCCUACAGGAACUUCACCCGCUGGGGCAGAAAGAUUUGCCAACAUAUGGAUGCUAAAGGGAAGAAGAAGAAAAAACGAAGGCGCACAGAAAGAAGGAAAGAGGUGGAGCAGUUUUCCAUCCGAGGGCCUUAAAACUGGAGGGAAGAAAAACCCUGCCGUCCUCUCCAGCCCCUCGAGGAACCUGGCCUGCUCCUCUCAUUCAAAUGGGAGUAAUAACCCUAGGACCUUCCCGUUGGUGAUGACAUCCCCAUUGGGCACCAACAAGAGUGUCAGCUACAAAUAGGAUUCUCCAUUAAA